UUUCGUAUCCUGUACCUGAUAGCUUCGCUUUAACGUUCUAUGGCUUCCUUGUUAUUUUUAUCCAUCCAGUCCUUACUGUUCUUUCGAUGGCAAUAGGAAAGUUCAUCAAAUUAACAUUCAGACCUUUAAUUUUAGGGAAAUGUGUAUACUUAAUCGUUCAAAUAUUAGCUGCGUUAGAUGCUGCUGACUUUUCCGUGUACAGUUUUUGUUUUUUUUUACAAAAUAUAACUAACCAGAAUAUUUCUUGGCAUCCAGGUCCGCGAGUAGCAUGGACCCAAUAUCUCAACGCAACUGACUGUGAGGCUCUAGGCGUUAUAGAAUGUUAUAAUGCCGUGGUGGAUCAAGUCAUUAAUAUUCUGUCAUAGGCCUUGUAGUGUGAUGUCACACUAUGUACUGUGUAUAUAUACUCAUCAGGC